GACAGUUCUGCUAUCAGCCAGGCUGUGAACAAGAUUUGGUUCACUGUACUUUAAAAAUAGAUUCAUGUUCAAGUGCUUUCUAGCUUUCAUCUUUUCAAGACUCCUCUCUUUUGCUUUUGACUCGGGUACGCCACGAUGCGUGCCAAAGUUUGGUGCGUAACUGAGCGUAAAGGAGUCCGAUCCAUCCUCUCUUCUUCUUCCUCCUCCUCUCUGCUGCGUGUUCCCGACAUGCUGGGAUGUCUCGAGAGUCUCAGGAGAGGAGGAGAGAGACAAAGAGAGAAAUAACAAUAAAACGUUUGAGUCACCAUCUGAGGGAACAAUACACUAGCCAACUCUUGGAUGGAUGGACAGUUAGAGAGGGAGAGACGCACAGAGGAGAGAGCGAGACAAAAAGACUGCGCGAGAGACUUGGUGCCUUUAUUUUACAAUACGCACAGGUUUUAGCCGUGCGUCCUGGCGCAGGCGGUGCCCAGAGAUUGCAAAAGAACAACAGCGGAAUAAAUGACUGUUUGGGUGUAACCUUCCUCUAUAUGUUUAAUUUGGACUUCGGUUUUAUGAAUUACUCCUCUGUGUGUUUGCAGGUCAGUGUGUCCGCUCCGACUGCUUGGCUGCUGCCUGGACCUGGAGUUGGAGCAGGUGUUUAUUUCGGGGUAACAUUUUGUCUCUCGGAACAUCAGGGACUCUUUAGACGCCUUUGAUCGUCAAUCCGGGCGGACAUGUCGGGACAGAAACCGUCCCUGAAGAGCGGCGACUCCUCCCAGAGCCGCUUCCAAGUGGCUGUGGUGACAGAAGCAUCGUCCGCAGCUACAGCCCCGGUCUCCACCGAUGGAGCCAAGGACCACGAGGAGGGCAAAGGCCGGUUCAGGGUGGUGGGGUUCCUGGAUUCGGGCGCGCUAGGCAGCGCGAUGGACAUCGGGCUCCCGCCUGAUGUCUUCCACGAACCGGAUACGACAAAGAGCGACUCGGUCAGCCUCCAUUCAACAGGCACGGGACAGACGCACAUCUCUGACUCUCACUCCAACACUUACUACAUGAGGACAUUCGGACACAACACCAUAGACGCCGUGCCCAACAUUGAGUUCUACCGGCAGACUGCUGCGCCUUUCGGGGAGAAACUGACCAGACCGUCGCUGUCGGAGCUGCACGAUGAACUCGAUAAAGAGCCAUUUGAGGAGGGUCUGGCCAAUGGAGAGGAGCCAUCAGCAGCGGAGGAGGCGGCGGCGGCCUUGGCGGCAAAGGAGGCAAAAGGAGGAACCGUCAAGUUUGGUUGGGUCAAAGGUGUCUUGGUUCGCUGUAUGCUGAAUAUCUGGGGUGUGAUGCUCUUCAUCAGAAUGUCCUGGAUUGUCGGACAGGCGGGAAUUGGACUGACCAUUGCGAUCAUUCUGAUGGCCACUCUGGUCACCACCAUCACUGGUCUGUCUACCUCUGCGAUAACAACCAACGGUUUUGUACGAGGAGGAGGGGCAUACUAUCUGAUCUCCAGGAGUCUCGGGCCGGAGUUUGGAGGCUCCAUCGGCCUCAUCUUCGCCUUCGCCAACGCUGUGGCUGUGGCCAUGUACGUUGUAGGCUUCGCAGAGACGGUGGUUGAGAUGCUUAAUGAUGUUGAUGCUCUAAUGACUGAUGAGCUAAAUGACAUUCGUAUUGUUGGGAUUCUGACUGUCAUCCUCCUGCUGGGAAUCUCUGUAGCUGGGAUGGAGUGGGAAGCCAAGGCUCAGCUUGUCCUCCUGGUGAUCCUGCUGGGAGCCAUCGCUAACUACUUCAUAGGAAGCUUCAUGCCGACAGAGAGGAAAGAACCCAAGGGAUUCUUCGGCUACCACACGGCCAUCUUCUUAGAGAACCUGGGUCCAGACUUCAGAGAUGAAGAGACUUUCUUCUCUGUGUUCGCCAUCUUCUUCCCAGCAGCCACUGGGAUUCUGGCUGGAGCCAACAUCUCUGGAGACCUAACUGACCCUCAGUCAGCAAUCCCUAAAGGAACCCUGCUGGCCAUCCUCAUCACAGGACUCACCUAUGUGGCGAUCACCAUCUCUGCAGGCUCCUGCAUCGUGAGAGAUGCAACGGGCGAUCACAACGACACGGUGAGCGACACGGUGAACUGCACCGACGCCGCCUGCACCCUAGGCUACGACUUCUCCAUCUGCAAGGAGGGAGGCUGUCAGUACGGCCUGAUGAACGACUUCCAGGUGAUGAGUCUGGUGUCGGCCUUUGGUCCUCUCAUUACUGCAGGGAUUUUUUCAGCCACCCUGUCCUCCGCCCUGGCCUCGCUGGUCAGUGCCCCCAAAGUCUUCCAGGCUCUGUGUAAGGACAACAUCUAUCCAGGGCUGAGUGUGUUUGCAAAAGGUUAUGGGAAGAACAACGAGCCUCUCCGCGGGUACGUCCUGACCUUCGCCAUUGGCCUCGCCUUCAUCCUCAUCGCGGAGCUGAACAUCAUCGCUCCCAUCAUCUCCAACUUCUUCCUGGCCUCCUACGCUCUCAUCAACUUCUCCGUGUUCCACGCCUCCCUGGCCAACUCUCCAGGGUGGCGUCCCAGCUUCAAGUACUACAACAUGUGGGUGUCCCUGGCCGGGGCGAUCCUGUGCUGUGUGGUGAUGUUUGUCAUCAACUGGUGGGCGGCUCUGGUCACUCUGCUCAUCAUCCUCGCUCUCUACAUCUACGUCAGCUACAAGAAACCCGAUGUGAACUGGGGUUCAUCCACUCAGGCUCUGAUCUACAACCAGGCUCUGACUCACUGUCUGAACCUCACCGGAGUCGAGGACCAUGUUAAAAACUUCAGGCCCCAGUGUUUGGUGCUGGCUGGUUAUCCAAACUCUCGCCCUGCUCUGCUUCAGCUGGUUCAUUCUUUCACCAAGAACAUCGGCCUCGUGGUCUGCGGCCACGUCAGGAUCGUGUCCCGUCGGCCAAACAUGAAGGAGCUGUCCCAGGAGCACGCCCGCUGUCAGCGCUGGCUCAACGAGAAGCGCAUCAAGGCCUUUUACACCCCCGUGUUCUCCGACAACCUGAGGCAUGGGGCGCAGUUCCUCCUGCAGGCCGUCGGUCUGGGUCGCCUGAAGCCCAACACACUGGUCAUGGGUUUCAAGAACAACUGGAGCGAUGGAGACAUGAGGGACGUGGAGAUUUAUGUCAACACUAUACAUGAUGCCUUCGACCUGCUGUUUGGAGUGGUGAUCCUGCGGCUGCAGGACGGACUGGACAUCUCUCACAUCCAGGAGCAAGACGAGCUGCUGUCGUCCCAUGAGAAGCCACCAGUCGGCGGCAAGGAGGCGGUGAUGUCUGUCAGUCUGGCACAAGACCCUGACUCCUGUCUUUCAAAAACCACCAGCAACCAGAGCAGUCCACUCAUCCUGAGAGAGUCCAAGUCUCCCCUGAGUCUGACCGACCAGCGUCUGCUGGCGUCCAGUCAGCAGUUUAAGAAGAAACAGGGCAAAGGAACCAUAGACGUUUGGUGGCUGUUUGAUGACGGAGGAUGGCCACUCUGCUCAGCAGGUUCAGGAUCGACUUCUCUGACAUCAGAGUCCUCGGAGACAUCAACACCAAACCCAAGAAACACAAUAAACUGAGUUUUAAGGAGCUGAUCGAGCCGUACAGGCUGAAGGAAGACGACAUGGAGCAGGAGGCUGCAGAGAGGCUGAAGGCCCAGGAGCCCUGGAGGAUCACUGACAACGAACUGGAGCUCUACAAGGCCAAGACCAACCGUCAGAUCCGACUGAACGAGCUGCUGAAGGAGCACUCCAGCACUGCCAAGCUCAUCGUCAUGAGCAUGCCUCUGGCCAGGAAGGGCACGGUGUCCAGCGCCCUCUACAUGUGCUGGCUGGAAACUCUGUCCAAAGACCUCCCCCCUCUACUGCUGGUGCGAGGGAACCACCAGAGCGUCCUUACCUUCUACUCCUAACACACACAAAUCCAUGCUGCGUGUUGGUCUCCAUGUACAGCGUAUUUACCACAGGAUGGAUUACUGGCUGGACAGUCCGAGAGGUCAGGGGCCGCUGAAGUAGCAUAUUUUAUUUUGAAAGUCAUGGAGCUCAAUUAAAAGACAAAACAAAAAUAAAAAGAGACAAAAGAACCAUAUA